AGCACUCGCUUCGACCCAACAACUCCACCAUUCCUCUAUAAAUCGUCUCAACAUAAAUUUCCUCUAAAUAAAACAACUCCCUCCACUGCCACUCCUUCCAUGGCGAUCUCCUCCCACCGCUCCCUUCUCCAAGCCGCCGUCACCCCCAUCAAAACCGCAGCCACCACCGCCAACUCUGCCCGCUUUUCCACGAACUUUGACACGAACCUCAUAAUGAUGGUUGUCGUUCUCUUCUGCGCUCUAAUCUGCGCUCUCGGCCUAAACUCCUUCGUCCGUUGUGCCCUCCGCCUACUAGACAGACACGACAUACCCAUCCAAAUACUACUCGCCCGCACCGCAGCUCGGCGCAGUGCGAUCCGAAAGCUCCCAGUUGUGGUUUACUCAGCCGGUCUGAAGCUAGGCUCGACCAGCUUGGAGUGUGCUAUAUGCCUGGCGGAGAUAGGGCCGGGAGAGAGGAUACGGCAGCUCCCCAAGUGUGGCCAUGGCUUUCACGUGCUCUGUGUUGACAAGUGGCUCUUGGCCAGACCCACCUGCCCAACCUGCCGCCAAUGCCUAUUUUCAGCGAAUCAGAAGAGUGAUAGCUGUGUGGGGCGGGAGCAGGAGGACCGGAUCAGCAUUGAACCGUUGGAGCCUGAAGGAUUAGUGACCGAUUUCAGGAUAUAGUAGAAUUAACUUGGAGAACUUCAACUGUGUUGUACAUUGUACAUAGCUUAGUUAUGUUUCUUCCUUGAACAAGUGGUUUAAGGAAAUGGGGAUUGUGGCGUCCUGUGUUUCGUCCAUUAUGUACCCCAAAUUUUGGCGAUUGUAUUUCAUCUAAUUAAGAAAUGCUGAGGAUUAAGAUAAUCGAUCGUUAUUAUCUAUAGCGUUUGUAUUUCAUCAUAUUUACUGUCGUUAUUGAUUAAAAUAUAAAUUAUUCGCCUCUUACAAAGAUGAAAAUCAUGAAAGAAUAUUUUACAGAUGUCCCCA